GGAGGGAGACGGAGCAAGAGAGAGGGAGAAAGCUGAGUGGAGAGAAGACGCUCUCAGAUCAGUCAGUGGCUUCAUGGAGUUAUGUACCUCUGAUCCGCCGCCAUGGAUUGCAAUCCGCGAUCACUCCUUUUCAUUUUCCCUCUUUUAUUGUCCUGCGUUAUUCCUGCCUUCCCCAUCAUCUACCCCCCUAAUGAAGUCAACCUGUUAGACUCUAAAGCAAGCCAAGGGGAGUUGGGAUGGAUUUCCUACCCAUCGCAUGGGUGGGAGGAGAUCAGUGGGGUGGAUGAGCACUACACUCCCAUCAGGACCUUCCAGGUCUGCAAUGUGAUGGAGUACAGCCAGAACAACUGGCUCCGCACCAACUGGAUCCCUCGCCAGUCGGCCCAGAAGAUCUACGUGGAACUGAAGUUCACCCUGAGGGAUUGCAACUCCAUCCCGUUGGUCUUGGGCACCUGCAAAGAGACCUUCAACCUCCUCUACCUGGAGACCGACGACGACCAGGGCAGCCACUUCAGAGAGCACCAGUUCUCCAAGAUUGACACCAUUGCCGCUGAUGAGAGUUUCACCCAAAUGGACCUCGGAGAUCGCAUUCUCAAGCUCAACACUGAGGUGCGCGAGGUGGGUCCCAUGACCAAGAAGGGCUUCUACCUGGCGUUCCAGGACGUGGGCGCCUGCGUAGCUUUAGUGUCAGUGAGGGUUUACUUCAAGAAGUGCCCGUACAUUGUGAGGAAUCUGGCCUCCUUCCCUGACACGGUGCCCAUGGACUCCCAGUCGCUGGUGGAAGUGAAAGGCUCAUGUGUCAAUCACUCCAAAGAGGAGGAGCCUCCACGUAUGUACUGUAGCACAGAAGGGGAGUGGCUCGUGCCUAUUGGGAAGUGUCUAUGCAACCCGGGGUACGAGGAGAGAAGCAACACCUGCCAAAUGUGCAGGGCAGGCUUCUACAAAUCUACGCUCGGGAAUAUGGAGUGUUCGAAGUGUCCGCCUCAUAGUUUCUCUCACCAUGAGGGGUCGCUGCACUGUGGCUGUGAGAAAAACUACUUCCGUGCUGAGGGAGACCCUGCCUCCAUGGCCUGUACCCGUCCUCCUUCAGCUCCUCGAAAUGUGAUCUCUUCCAUCAAUGAGACUUCAGUGAUCCUGGACUGGAGCUGGCCAGAGGACAGUGGCGGGCGCAGGGACAUUACCUUCAUUGUCCUUUGCAAACGGUGUCGUGGUGUUGCUGCUAAUGGCAGCAGUGGAGGGACCCAGCGUUGUGAGUCUUGCCGGAGCAAUGUUCGCUUUCUGCCAAGAGCCACGGGCCUCCAAAACACCACAGUGACGGUGGCCGAUCUGCUGGCCCACACUAACUACACCUUUGAGAUUGAAGCACAGAACGGUGUGUCAUCAUUGGCACCCAAGAUGAGGCAGUACGCCGCUGUUACCAUCACCACCAACCAAGCCGCUCCCUCGCCGGUUACAGUAAUCAGAAAGGAGAAGACGUCUCGAAACAGUGUCUCCCUGUCCUGGCAGCAGCCAGAAAGACCCAACGGCAUUAUUCUCGACUAUGAGAUCAAAUACUACGAAAAGGAGGAGCAGGAGACCAGCUACACCAUCCUUCGUGCCCGGGGUUGUAACGUGACUCUGAAUGGUCUGAAGCCCAACACUGCCUACCUGUUGCAGAUCAGAGCUCGCACUGCUGCUGGAUAUGGAGCCAGCAGCCCCAGUUUCCAGUUUGAGACAAGCCCCGACUCAGCCUUCUCUAUCUCCAGUGAGAGCAGCCAGGUUGUUCUGAUCGCCAUUUCCUCCGCCGUGGCCAUCAUCCUACUCACUGUGCUGCUCUACGUCCUGAUUGGCAGGUUUUGUUGCCACAGCAAAUCCAAACAUCCUGAUGAGAAAAGACUGCAUUUUGGCAACGGCCACUUGCGUCUGCCGGGUAUCAGGACCUACGUAGACCCACACACCUACGAGGACCCGAGCCAGGCUGUGCACGAGUUUGCCAAGGAGCUGGACGCCUCCUGCAUUGCCAUCGAUAAAGUGGUGGGAGCAGGUGAGUUUGGCGAGGUGUGCAGUGGUCGCCUGAAGCUGCCCAGCAAGAAGGAGAUCUGUGUGGCCAUCAAGACUCUUAAAGGAGGAUACACGGACAAACAGAGGCGGGACUUCCUCGCUGAGGCGUCAAUCAUGGGACAGUUUGACCACCCUAACAUCAUCAGGCUGGAGGGGGUGGUAACACGCAGUAAACCCGUCAUGAUUGUCACAGAAUACAUGGAGAAUGGAUCCCUGGACAGUUUCUUGAGAAAACAUGAUGCCCAGUUUACAGGCAUCCAGUUGGUUGGCAUGCUACGAGCUCGAAACAUCCUGGUCAACAGCAAUCUGGUGUGUAAAGUGUCAGACUUUGGCCUGUCCCGAGUCCUGGAGGACGACCCGGAGGCUGCUUACACCACCAGGGGAGGAAAGAUCCCUAUCCGGUGGACAGCUCCAGAGGCUAUUGCCUACAGGAAGUUUACAUCGGCCAGUGAUGCUUGGAGUUACGGCAUUGUGCUCUGGGAAGUGAUGUCAUAUGGGGAACGGCCAUACUGGGAGAUGUCCAAUCAGGAUGUAAUAAAGGCUGUAGAUGAAGGUUACCGCCUCCCCCCACCCAUGGACUGCCCUGCUACCCUCUACCAGCUGAUGCUGGACUGCUGGCAGAAAGAGAGAAACAACCGGCCUAAGUUUGAACAGAUCGUCAGCAUCCUGGAUAAACUCAUCCGCAACCCUGGUAGCCUCAAAAUCACUGCCAACACCACCUCUAGGCCAGCCAACUUGUUGUUGGACAGGAGCAGUUCUGAGGUUCCCUCGAUGGGGACGAUGGGUGACUGGAUGGAUGGAAUGAGGACCUUGCCCUGUAAGGAGGCCUUCUCUGGGGUCAGCUACAGCUCCUGUGACACCCUGGCCAAGACCUCCACAGAAGUGGUUCUGACGGAGGUCCACGUCACACCGGCCACUUGCCCAGAAUGGGAGCCAUCCAUGGGAAUCACCACUCUUUAACGCCCAGCUCCUCUCCGCCUCCUUUGGAUGGGAUCUGAAAAAGGUUGGAGUGACUAUCGUAGGACCGCAGAAGAAGAUCGUGAGCAGCCUCAAAGCCCUAGAUUCCCACACCAAGAAUGGCCCAGUACCUGUUUAAAAAAAUGAACCCAACAAAUAAAAACACCAGAGACCUGUCUGUCGGUGUGGUUGCUAAUCACAGUCUAACACGGUGGCUUCAUAUUUGAACUCGAAACGGAUGGAAAUGGAGGAAAAAUAUGAUAUGAUUCAAAUGAGGGCUUUCAUUGUUUCGUUGAAAGACGAUAUCAAGUCCUGACAGGGAAAACGGGAAGAGUUCAGUGCAGACCUGCCAGCUAGUUAACUAGCUGACUCUUCAGCCCUCCGUCCCUCCAUGCCCAAGUUGAGAUGCCUUACAGACAAAUAGGGGGGGUAGAGAGCGCAGAAUGAAGCCAAGGAGGUCAGUGAGACCUGGGAUCCAAACUUGGACUUGGAUAUAGGGCAAGGACUGGACUAACAUAAUGCCGGAGCUCUCCAAUAUUGGCUAAGCUAGAUUGCGUUGCCUUCCCUUUACAGUUUAAAGGGGACGGGCAUGCUCACAGCCUCCUCCCACCACGCCUGACUUGCAGCCUGUGGAACGAGGCGGUGAAAUGGCUGAGAUAUGCCUUGUGUAGAAGAGCAUGGCAGACAGCAGCAGCUCACCCGGAUGUGGACCCUUCUUGGACUAAUGAGGUGUGAGAUUUUGUUGUAACUACCUACAUUUACUGUUUCUAUCCAUGAGAGCUGGUAUGGACACACCUAGACGAUAACCGAGCCAUUUUACUCUGUAGCUCUAACCUAUAGCAUUUGCAUUCAGUAGACAUGUCACAUAAAAGCAAUAAUUAUGAUAAUCAGUUAAAUAGUCUCAUUGUAUGGAAACCAUGAGUCUGUCACAUGUACAAUGUAUUGAACGCUGUGCUUCGAAGGUACAGGGGCCAUAACACACUUCACACACAGAAUUUUCUUUAUGGUGAGAUCUAUGUUCUAUGUGCUUAUGAACAUAUAUUGUACAGUUAUAGUGCCGUUCCCUCAACCCAAUGCCCUUUGUGUGAAAUCUCAGGAUGUAUAUGUCAGUUGUUCUACUUUCUCUAACAAGGGGAAACAGAUCGAGAGAAUGGAAAAGGAAUUGAGAGUGCAGGUUGAGACAGGAGCAAAAGAAAAGGGGAAAUUGUAAGACAGAAAUAUAUGAGGAAAAAGAGACAUUAAAUAAGAUGAAGUGGUGUCUUUCAGGCCUGCUUCAGACAUUCUUGCUGUGCGGAAAGUGUUUUAAACUAGAAUUGAGUUUGUACUUGAGUUUCUUCUUCAGCAUCAGGUCAGGUCAGCAUCAUCAACCCCCGCACACCAUCAGGUAUCACUUUCUUUUUAAGGAGUGGGAUUUGUUCUCUGCGUACGAUCAGUUCAACACUGCUGAUCUGAGGGGUGUUUUGGUCCACUUGUUUUGGUCUGAAUUCAUAACUUAUUAACAAAAGCAUACAUUUGCUGUAAAAAAGAACUUUGUUCUAGUAUGAAAUUAGUUCUUAAAUCCUGGUGUGUUUAAUGCAAAAAGUAGAGUGCCUCCUGUAGUUGGGUUGGAUUAUGGUGGGAUCACCAAGCAAAAAGCUCCGGUUUUGAUUUAUUUUUCAAAAAAAAAAAAGGUCUUGGUCUUUUUUCUGUGUUUUCAUAAGGGCAUGGGGUUUUUAAUCACUGCCCUUAACUAACAAGGUGUGAAAAUGCCCUGAAAGAGAUGCAACACUUCCAAUAAAUGAUUGCUUUCUGAGAUAGUAUCCUAGUGCAUCAUAUGUCCAGGAUGGGAUUUCCUAAAGGCACCUUAGAACUUAGAUGAUCUUUGUACUAUGAAGUAUAGACUUAAAGAUGUCAGUAUCCUGCUUUGAUGUCACCCAGUUAAUCCCUCAGUGCAACAUAUACCCAGUAUUUCUAAACUGGCACUUUGGUACUUUGUGCUGUUGGAUGGGUGAUAUUUAACGACGAGGAUGCUAUCUUUAAGCUUCUUCCAAGCACUUACUGUAGUACAAAAUAUUUGAGCACUUUGAAUGGAAAUGUUAUUGCCUUGGCUAUAGAUUAAGCUUAUCUAAUGGACAGGGGUGAUCUUGGUGCUUUUGGGAAACCCAGCCCUGUUCAGUGUGUCAGUCGGUCCUCUGUUACUUGGUCUACCUGUGGAUGCUGCUGUUGCUGCUAUGUGUUCUAAUUAGCAUGUACAUAAUGUAAACCAUCUUAAUGAUAGCAACUAGCGCUACAGAUCCAACUAUAUGUACAUGGCCAUCCUUCUUUGUACAAAUGUUUGUAUGUAUAAAAGAAUAAAUAAAAAAUUGUGCAACAUUUUUAAUUAAAAAAGAGACAAAAACCAUCUGUAUUAUAUUUUAUCUUAUUUUGAAUUAUAUUUGUCUGCUCUGUUUUUUUCU